GGCUCCCCGGCCGCCCGCAGCCUGUGGAGCCCCGCCAGCCGCGGAGACCCCACGCGGGAGCCGAGAUGUGUCUGCGCCUUGGUGGCCGGAGUGUGGGCGACUUCCGGAGGAUGCUGAUGAAGACGGGGCUGGUGCAGGUGGUGCUGGGGCACAUGAGCUUCAUCGCAGCCGCUCUGCUCCACGGCACCGUGCUGCGCUAUGUGGCCGCCCCCCACGACGCCGUGGCUGUGCAAUACUGCGUGGUCAACAUUCUCUCUGUCACUUCUGCCAUCGUGGUCAUCACCUCGGGCAUCGCCGCCAUCGUGCUGUCCCGCUAUCUCCCCAGCAUCCCCCUGCGCUGGACAGUGUUUAGCUCCAGUGUGGCCUGCGCCCUUCUCUCUCUGACCUGCGCUCUUGGCCUCUUGGCCUCCAUCGCUGUGACCUUUGCCACCCAGGGCCGGGCACUACUGGCCGCCUGCACUUUUGGGGGCCCCGGACUCCUCGCAGUGGCUCCCGACUGUCCCUUUGACCCCACACGCAUUUAUAGCUCCAGCCUGUGCCUCUGGGGCAUCUCACUAGUGUUCUGCGUGGUGGAGAGUGCGUUCGCGGUGCGCUGCGCGCAGUUCGCCCACGGGCUGCUGGAACUGAGGCCCUGGUGGGGGAAGAGCCACCACCGCUCGAUGCAAGAGAGCCCUGAGCCAGUGGAGGGCCAUGACCUGCUGAGCUGCACCAGCUCCGAGCCGCUGACCCUCUGAUAGCUGAAGCCUCGCCGGGCCCCGAGGCCAUGGGGGCCCUGCAAUGAAGUCUGCACUGUGACCAGGUCAAGGGUUCCUGGAGUGGCCAAGAAGGCUCAGUGGCCACAAGGGGCCCCACUGGGCUUUCAAUCCCUGGCCACCCAGCCCACUGCACUGAAACAAGACUUUAUUCUGAAGUUAUUAAAAAGAACAGAGAUGCUCCACGUGGGUGCAUGCAGGGGUGGAGGGGGGAGGUGGGGGUUGGCCAGGGGGCUGUGCUUUCCCACACAGGACGCCGUGGGUGGGGCUCUGGGUUUGUCUGCCCAUCUGCCUGUGAGUGUGUCUGAGAAAGGCAAAAUAUACAGAGGGGUCCGUGGGUCUGUGUGUUCAUCCGUGCGGAACGGCAGGCGGGGUGCAUGGAGCCCACAGCUUGGGGGGCUGGAGUGGGGGUUUUCCUUAGGCGUUGUGGCCUCCAGGCCCACAAGAGCUGGGGCAGGAAGAGCUAGGACCUUCCUGCAGGGAAGGAUGGCUCGAGGAAGCUUUUUCCUCAAACCCUCACACUUCUGGAAUCCUUAUCCCCUCCAAAUAAAGACAGGCUGAGAUCUGGGAGGGGGUGGGAGCUUGCCCUGUGGUUGGGGAAGGGAAGUCAGCCGGCGGCUGGGGGAGGAGGAGGGGCUUGCAGCAGGAGGGGGAAGAAGGGAGGUUGGAAUUCUGACAGAUCCCUGACUGGGGGCUCAGAACCUGUGUCUCUACCACGGAUAAGGGAGUAUUGCCUCUGGAAU